AUGGGUGCUGAGCAUUCACAUCGGCAUCAGCCGCAAACGUUAAAAACAGAAAAUCUACCAACUGAUUUAGCAAAUACGAUUUUAAAACAACAUAAAAAACAUCAACAAAUGGAUCGUUUAAGACGAACAUUAAGUUUUCAUAAUAAAAAGAAAGAAAAUAAAACAAUUAAUAAUCAUACAAAUAAAAAUGAAAAGAAACCAAUACAAUGGCAUGAUGACGAUAAAUCAGUACGAGAUGGUACUUGUAGUUUUAAUGUGAAAUAUCUUGGAAGUGUUGAAGUACAAGAAUCUCGUGGAAUGCAUGUAUGUGAACAAGCAAUUCAAGCUUUAUUAAAUCAAAAAGCCAAACAUGUAAAAGCGAUAUUAUAUAUCUCAGGUGAUGCUCUUCGUGUUGUUGAUGAAACCAAUAAGGGUUUGAUUGUUGAUCAAACAAUUGAAAAAGUUUCAUUUUGUGCUCCUGAUCGUUUUCAUGAAAAUGGUUUUGCUUAUAUUUGUCGAGAUGGUACAACACGUCGAUGGCUUUGCCAUAGUUUUCUUGCCAUUAAAGAAACAGGAGAACGUUUAAGUCAUUCAGUUGGUUGUGCUUUUCAAGUAUGUCUUGAACGUAAACAAAGACGUGAUCGUGAUUGUAAUGUUUCUGUUGAAUAUACACCAAAUGGUACAUCAUUUACAAAAUUUGGUUCAUUUCGUUCAACAUCAAUUAUUGAACGUAUUAUGGAUCCUCAAAGUGCUAUUGUUGCUGGACCAAUUCCAUGUUCAUUAUCGAAUAUAAAUAUAAAUACAUCUAAUCAAAAAAAUAAUCUUAUUGAACGACCUCGACCUAAAGGAAGCAAAUCUGAUGCAUUUGUUCGUAGUAUUUCAAUGCGUUCAGAUGAUUUUAAACAAACAACAAUAGGUGCAAUUAAAAGACAAUAUUCAUUGGGACCUAGUGAUUUACCAUCCAUACAAGAAUCGAAAUAUAAAAAUUCAUUAAAAAAUACGAUCCCAGAAGAAAAUGAAUAUUAUCAAUCAACAACAAAUGAACUUUCAAAGUUAUCAUUAUUUGAUUCAAUGAAUACGAAUAAUCAUAAUGAUGUUUCUCUUCCAAUAACAAAAUCAUCCAUCAUUCCAAUUUCGGAUGAAUCGUAUCAUGCAACAACACCUGUUACUAAUGCAUUUAGUUCCAAUUUAACGGCUCUUGUUCAAAGUAAUCAACCCAUAAAUCCAUUUUCGCCAUAUGGUUAUUCCAUGGUAGCUCAGGCUCAAUCACCAGAUAAAAAUCAUCAACAAUCAGUUAUAAACACGCCAAAACGUGGUAAUAAUCCAUUUGAUGAUGAUCUUAUACGACGAUGA